AUGGGAGGUCCAUAUCCUUCGAAAGUGGCCGGGAUAGGGGGCAUACCGACAGUCACCACCGACAUCCCAGUCGACUCGGUCUUCAUACUUUUAUACGUCUGCUUCGCGGCGACAAACAUGAGCGUCUUUCAGCUCAACCGCCGGAAAAACCACAAGUUUAUCCCAUCAGCGCUCUUGUUUGGCUUCUGUAUGGCGAGGAUAGUCACGCUGUGUCUCCGCAUUGGAUGGGCUACGGCACCGCACGACGUUCAGUUGGCAAUCGCCGCCCAAAUUUUUGUGAACGCCGGCAUACUGAUAGUCUACAUCAUCAAUUUGAUCCUUGCUCAACGCAUUCUGCGAGCAUCCCUCCCCCAGAUAGGAUGGAGCCCAAUCUUGCGAGCCGCGUACAAGUUCUUGUACAUGGGCAUCGGGGUGGCACUUGCCAUGGUCAUUGCGUCCGUGGUCGUGUCAUCCUAUACACUCGAUCCGCACACUAGAUCGGUUUGUCGAGAUAUCCAGCUGGCCGCGAUCACCUAUCUCCUCAUCUUCACCUGCCUUCCAGCGGCCCAUGCUGCCUUGGUGCUCUUGUUGCCGAGGUCGAGAGAUGCGGAGAACUUCGGCAAAGGCAGCAUGAAGAGCAAGCUGAUCAUUGUCACCUCUUCAGCGUGUCUAUGCAUGUUGAUAGCGGGCUUCAAAGCCGGCAUAACUUGGGAGACCCCACGACCAGUCACUAAUCCACCCUGGUACGAUUCCAAAGCCUGCUUCUAUAUCUUCAACUUUACGCUUGAGAUCAUCCUGCUCGGCAUCUUGACGUUUACCCGAAUCGACAAGCGGUUCUUUGUUCCGAAUGGAUCGAAGAAAGCGGGAGACUACAGUAGACUCUCAGAAGAGGCUCAGCCGAAGACGGAGCAUGCCCUAUGGUAUGCUACAUCGCAAGAUGCUGAGAAGCCGUGA